AUGCCUAUUCUCUCCAAAGGCAGUGACCAAGACUAUAGUAACAUUAGCUACACUUCUUGUAAUUCCUUGAGCCACUUCUUUCCUGUCUCCGUUGAAACCCCUCCUGUCAAAGGGGUCCAUUACCAAAGAGCCAGGAGGAUUUACCACCCUGAACAUGUCUCUGCAGUCGAUCUGAAGACAGAGAUUAUGAUAAAUGUUGGAGGCAUCAAAUACCUGCUACCUUGGAGCACUUUAGAUGAAUUCCCCCUGACCAGACUGAGCAAACUUAAGUUUUGCAGCAGCUAUGAAGAAAUAAUUCAGCUGUGUGAUGAUUAUGAUGAAGACACUCAUGAGUUCUUCUUUGACAGGAACCCCAAUGCUUUCGGGAUGAUCGUCAGCUUUCUAGCAGCAGGGAAGCUGAUGCUUUUAAGAGACAUGUGUGCCUUGUCUUUCCAGGAGGAGCUGAGAUACUGGGGGAUUGAGGAAUCCAACCUGGAGAACUGCUGCUUUCGAAAACUAUUUCAAAAACUGCAGGAGUUGGCCGAGGUACGCAAAGAAGAGGAACUUCGGAAGAGCAAAGAAGCUACAUGUGUCUUGGAUGAGAAAACCAAAUUUGGACAGUUUAUGAACAGACUCAGAGAUAUGGUAGAAAAUCCCCAGUCAGGACUCCCAGGGAAAGUCUUUGCUUGUCUCUCCAUCCUCUUUGUGGCCACCACAGCUGUAAGCCUUUGUGUGAGCACAAUGCCAGACUUAAGAGCUGAAGAAGACAGGGGUGAGUGUUCCCAGAAGUGCUAUUACAUCUUCGUCAUAGAGACCAUCUGUGUGGCUUGGUUUUCCCUCGAGUUCUGCCUCCGAUUCAUUCAGGCAAGGAGCAAAUGUCAGUUCUUCAAAGGACCCCUAAAUAUAAUUGACUUCUUGGCUAUUUCACCAUAUUACAUUUCCCUCAUCUUCUCAGAGGAUGACUCAAAUGAGGAGGACAAUAGGCCAAGCAGCAACACAUAUUUGGAGAAGGUUAGUUUGGUGCUACGGGUUUUACGAGCCCUGAGGAUCUUAUAUGUAAUGCACCUUGCCCGACACUCCUUGGGCUUGCAGACUUUGGGCCUCACAGUUCGGAGGUGCACACGGGAAUUCGGCUUGCUAUUACUCUUCUUAUGUGUUGCUGUCACUCUGUUUUCUCCUUUGGUCUAUCUCGCCGAGAAUGAAUCUGGGAAGGUGCUUGAAUUUACAAGCAUACCUGCUUCUUACUGGUGGGCCAUCAUUUCAAUGACCACAGUGGGGUACGGGGAUAUGGUACCACGAAGUGUCCCAGGCCAGAUGGUGGCUCUCAGCAGCAUCCUCAGUGGAAUUCUCAUCAUGUCUUUUCCUGCGACAUCAAUAUUCCACACUUUCUCCCAUUCCUACUCGGAGUUGAGAAAGGAACAUGAACGAAUGCAGUCUCGACUAAACAGAGUAAAAAACGCCAAUCACUCUGGUGAAAGUGACACCUUCAAUGAGACAGAUAGCUUAAUCCUGGAGGAUCCGGCAUCACCAAUUAAAUACAUUUACACAGGGAACUAA